AUGCAACCUGCAAAGGUUAACUGGGUAAGGAAAUCAGAAUCUUUAUUUCAAAUAUCUGUCUGUAUUAAAAGUCCAAGACUAGAUGUGAGCCAGCCAAAUUUGUAUUCGGUCCACUGUGGACUUGUGGUGAAAAAUUUAUCCAAAAGGAAAUUUAACCAUUUACAGGAAUACCCCCAAGCUGCUGGGCUAAAGGGAUUUUUACUUUUCCACACAGAAGUCCGCUGGCUCUCCCGUGGGAGAGUUUUAACCCGCUUCUUCGAACUGCGAGAAGAAAUCAAAGUCUUUCUGGAGGAACGUCACUGUGAUCUGCUUGAAGAGUUGGAAUCACAAGAAUUCAACCAAAUCUUAGCAUAUUUGAGUGACAUAUUCACACGUAUGAAUGAUCUGAGUUUAUCAUUUCAAGGCAAAAAUAAAAACAUGUUGAAUUGCUAUGAAAAGCUAAAUGCAUUCAAAGAUAAGUUAUAUCUGUGGUGUCGGAGAGUGAAAAAAGGGAAUCUUUCAAAUUUUCCAUCACUUGAAAGAGGUGAUGACAGUGAAUCUUCAAGUUUGAUUCCUAGUGUUUGUGGAGAAAUUGUGGCUCAUUUGGAAGUGCUAUCGAUGUCAUUUGAUAGAUAUUUUGACGUAGGGAAGCUGGAAUCUUCUAAAGAUUGGAUUAUGAAUCCAUACGCCUUUGAUCUGAAUAAAAUGUCAGAUGAUGUAGAGCUGAAAGAUCUUAUAGAACUGCGUUCAAACCGUGCUCUUGAAAUGCAAUUUGAGAGUAAAACUUUGGAAGAGUAUUAG